AACUUUUAUGAGUUUCUCUCGUUCCCAUAAGUUUUCAGGUAAAUAACUCUAAUAAUAUAUGUCUUGUACAAAGGUUUUUAUUAGAAUAAUGAAUGGAAAGGACAAAUGAAUAAAAAAGAAACACAAGUUGGCACACUCUCUUUUAUUAUUCACUCGCCUCUAUAAAUCCAAUAUCUAUCCUCUAUCUUCUUCUUAAAACUUGUUUAAUUCUUCCCUCUUUCUCUUCUUCUAUAGCAGUACCCGUUUCCUUGCUUCCAAAUCCGAAAUAAAUCCACACUUAUCAGUUUUUUUUCGUUUCCCAACAUAUUGGAUAGAUCUUCUUCUCAUAUGCGAUAAUAAGUUUUUUAAAAUUUUGGGAAAGAAAAAAAAAAUGAGUUGCAAUGGAUGUAGAGUUCUUCGAAAAGGUUGUAGUGAAACAUGCAUCCUUCGCCCUUGUCUCCAAUGGAUCGAAUCCGCCGAGUCACAAGGCCACGCCACUGUCUUCGUUGCUAAAUUCUUUGGCCGUGCCGGUCUCAUGUCUUUCAUCUCAGCCGUACCCGAACUACAACGUCCUGCUUUGUUUCAGUCGUUGUUGUUUGAAGCGUGUGGGAGAACGGUGAAUCCGGUUAACGGAGCGGUUGGUAUGUUCUGGACCGGAAACUGGCACGUGUGUCAAGCGGCGGUUGAGACUGUUCUUCGCGGCGGGACUUUACGACCAAUCUCAGAUCUUCUUGAAUCUCCGUCGUUGAUGAUCUCCUCCGAUGAGUCUUCCGUGAUUUUUCACCGAGACGUUUCAAGAAACGAAAACCAACACCGCCGCUUCUCCACCUCCGGAUCUAUGACGGAGAUGAAAGACUCUCCGGUUGAUAGGAAACGUAUGAAGUCCGAUUCGGAUCUGGAUCUCCAAGUGAACCACCAAGGUUUAACCCUAACCGCUUCGGCUGUACCGGUUCCCUUUAUUCCUCCGCCGCUGUUUUGUAAAGUGGUUAACGGUGAUCGUCCGGGAAGUCCAUCGGAGGAGUCGGUAACGACGUCGUGUUGGGAAAAAGGUAUGAUGAGAGGAGGAGAUAAUAAAUACAAAAGAAACAAAGGAGAUAAAAAGUUAUUAAACCUUUUUGUUUAAAACUGACGACGCAAAAACACUUAACGAUUUUGAGGCUCUUUUUUAGGGUUUUGUUUUCGGGUUGCCAGAGGAAUGAAUAUUUUACUAGUCGCAUAGCUAUUGGCUAACUAAUAAUUUCUCUCUCGAGAAAUAUCUAAAUUUUUGGGAUAUAUGUAUUGCCGUUGAGAAAUAAAUAGCCCGUGGAGAAUUGUUUGCUUACACAUCAGAAAUUGGAUUGUGUAGGAUAUACAUGUUUUUUUCCAACUUUGACUGUUUAAUUUUUGUAAUAUGAAAUCAAAAAAAUAUUGAUAAAA